AUGUCGCCCUCUGACAUCUCUUAUAAUGCAACGGUGGCCCUUAGUCAGGGUAUGAAUCGAGCUAAUCAAUUCGAUAUCACUGGAAUAAACAGCUACCGUGUACCUCCAAAUGGAUUGGAUGAUUUCGAAGGAGGUGGUCAUGUUCAGAGUCUACUCCGUCGCUUCAUCAUCAUAGGCAACGGAUUUCACGUUGGUGGUCAUGGGAUCCAUGCCACGUUCGAAUAUUGGGAGACUACAGAGACCGCGAUGCGAGUGUUUUUCAGUAAGCAUUAUUCACCUAAAAUUUCUUCAAAUGUCACGCCCGGUCAAGAGCAAGCACAGUCCUACCUCCACAUGGAGAGAUAUGAGUAUCAAACAUACUUGUUCAAGCACAACACCACAAGCAACAACUUGAAUGCUCCGGGUUCACGCCCGUCGAGCAGGGAUAAGCGACUCGUUAGGUAA